GUUGUUCAGCAACAAGCUGGGACUCUCCCCCGAACCCUUUUCCAUCGUUCGCUUCUCCCCCCCCCACCACCGUUUGAAUCCUUCUUCCUCUCCCACGGCGUAGAAAAAUCCCUGCGAAGAUCUCAGAGAUCGAUGUUUUCUGAGACAAAGCUAGGGUUUCGAUCCAAACGAUCUGGGGGAGUGUCGAAGAAAACCGGUUGAGAUUUGGGGCUAAAAUUUUCAUUUAAGUUGGUGAUACAAAAUUUCGGUGGAUUUGGGAAUUUAGGUUUCCUUGUGUGAGAGGUGGGGUGGAAGGGAUGAUGUCAGCCCUGAUGAACAUGACGACAGCUUUGCGGGAUUGGGUGUCGGCGUUGUACGAUGCUCCUCCGACCCGUGCGGUUGUUUUUGGGAUUCCCAUUGAUGGUCACCUUGUGGUCGAAGCGCUCCUCAUUGUGGUCAUAUUGUUCCAGCUCACAAGGAAGAGCUAUAAGCCCCCAAAGAGGCCGUUGACAGAGAAGGAGAUAGACGAACUUUGUGAGGAAUGGAUGCCAGAACCUCUUUGCCCACCUAUCACGGAGGAUAUGCAAACAGAACCUCCAACCUUGGAAAGUGCUGCCAGACCGCAUACAACGAUUGGUGGAAAAGAAGUCAUCAACUUUGCAUCAGCAAACUACCUUGGGUUGAUAGCGAAUGAGAAGAUAAUCGGUUCAUGCAUUGGUUCAUUGGAGAAGUAUGGUGUUGGUUCUUGCGGUCCCCGUGGUUUUUAUGGGACAAUUGAUGUUCACCUUGAUUGUGAGACCAAAAUUGCGAAAUUCCUUGGUACCCCAGAUUCCAUCCUCUACUCUUAUGGCAUUUCCACUAUUUUUAGUGUCAUUCCUGCCUUCUGCAAGAAAGGAGAUAUUAUAGUGGCAGAUGAGGGUGUUCAGUGGGGAGUGCAAAAUGGUCUCUAUUUAUCAAGAAGUACUGUUGUUUAUUUCAAGCACAAUGAUAUGGCCUCACUGGCAAACACUUUGGAGAAACUGACUCGAGGAAAUAAACGAGCAGAAAAGAUACGCCGUUAUAUUGUUGUUGAAGCCAUAUAUCAGAAUUCUGGUCAAAUGGCCCCAUUGGAUGAGAUUGUGAGAUUGAAGGAGAAAUAUCGCUUCCGUCUUAUAUUGGAAGAAAGCCAUUCCUUUGGUGUGCUCGGUAAUUCUGGGCGAGGUCUCGCUGAAUAUUAUGGAGUUCCGAUUGAGAAAAUUGAUAUAAUUACUGCUGGAAUGGGUAAUGCAUUGGCCACUGAUGGGGGUUUCUGCACUGGAAGCGUCAGAGUUGUUGAUCAUCAACGAUUGAGUAGCUCUGGCUAUGUGUUUUCUGCUUCCUUGCCUCCAUAUCUUGCUAAUGCCGCGAUUUCGGCUGUUGAUUACUUGGAAGAGAAUCCGUCUGUUCUUACCACACUGAGGAAUAAUAUUGCUCUACUGUGGAAAGGCUUAUCAGAUGUGCCGGGACUUGAAAUUGCGAGUCAUCCUCUGUCACCCAUCAUCUUUCUAAAGCUGAAGAAAUCAACUAGUUCGCCAAAGGGUGACCUGCAGCUUCUCGAACAAAUUGCAAAACGAGCCUUAGAGGAGGAUUCAGUCUUUCUAGUGACGACAAAAAGGUCUUCUCUGGAUCGAUGCCGGCUUCCAGUGGGCAUCCGCUUAUUUGUCUCAGCCGGCCAUUCUGAAUCUGAUCUCGUGAAAGUAUCAAACUCGUUGAAGAGAGUCGCAGUUUCUGUGCUAUCUUAGCUUCUUUUCUCUAUUUCUCUUCUAUUUGCAGUUGGAGGAACACAUUCUAUGUAUAUAAGUCGGUCAACUUCUUUAAUUUGACUUGGAUAGAUUUUUGUUGUUUUAAGACGAAUUUUACAAAGAAAUUUUUGUUGAUUGUAAUGCUCUAGUCGAGAAAGGGUGUAAUUGUGCUCUACAUUUUUUUCUCCUUUCAUUUUUGUCAACAGUUGUUUUCGUGCUCUA